AUGUCCGAGACGUUCCAGCCGCAGCAGGUGACGUUCGAGCAUCAUCGAGGUGGCGACUCAAUCGGCAUUGCAGAAGUGCAACCCAGAUUAUCCUGGAGAUUUCAGGGCAAUGCGAAAGACUGGCAGCAAGGCUCUUAUGAGCUACAGAUCAAGUCUAGCGGCCGUGACAGUAUAGACCCGAUAGACUACAGAGGGACGUUCACCUCGUCCGAGUCUGUGCUGGUGCCAUGGCCGUGCCGGGCACUGGAAUCAAGAGAAUCCGCCACAGUACAAGUGCGAGUCACCGGGACCUCGACAGGCUCGGUGGCGUCUCCCUGGUCCCCGCCAUCAACCGUUGAGAUUGGUCUGGUGAACAGAGAUGACUGGCACGCCAAGAUGGUUGCUGCGCCGAAAACGAUCAGCACCAGUGGCUCUCUGCGGCCUGUAUUGUUCCGAAAGGCUUUCAAACUGGCUGGGGAGGUCAAGUAUGCGCGCCUUUAUAUAACCGCCUACGGUCUUUACGAAGCCAGUAUCAACGGCAAGACCGUUGGAGAUCACGUUUUAGCUCCUGGGUGGACAUCAUACAAGUACAAUCUCCACUACCAGACGUUUGACGUCACCAAGCUGCUGAAGAAGGGCGAGAAUGCCAUCGGAGCAGAGGCGGGUGAAGGGUGGUAUUCCGAUAGACUGGGCUACAAUGGUGGCAGAAGAUGCAUCUAUGGGGAUGCUCUCGCUCUACUAGCACAGCUCGAAGUCACGUUUUACGACGGAACGCAGGUAACGAUAGCGUCCGGCAAAACCUGGAGGUCCUGGGUUAGCCCGAGGAUAUCUUCCGAAAUAUACGAUGGGGAGAUUUACGAUGCGAGAUCCGAGCUGCCGGGCUGGAACUCCGUUGAAUUUGACGAUGAGCAUUGGUCUGCAGUCACCGAACUUGUCCAUCCCUACUGGGGCGAAGUUAAAAAGUUCGAUAAACACGGCCAGCCGUUCCAGGCUCCAAGACAGAGACUGAAAUCUCCACAGGGACCUCCGGUAAGGCGUGCUGAGAAAGUUAAAGUGAAGGAGAUCCUUAGCACCCCUUCUGGAAAAACUGUUCUCGACUUCGGGCAGAACCUAGUGGGCUGGCUCAGCGUACGAGUGCGGGGACCACCAGGGCAUACGAUUCUCUUCCACCACGUGGAAGUCCUCGAGAAUGGCGAGAUUGCAACACGUCCUCUUCGCGACUGCAAAGCGACGGAUACUCUAAUCCUCGGCGAGAGUGAGAUUUUGUGGGAGCCCAAGUUUACAUUCCAUGGAUUUCGGUAUGUCCAAGUCGAUAACUGGCCAUCAGCUGACGGGAAAACACUGUUGGAAAACAUUGAAGCCAUUGUUGUCUACACAGACAUGGAAAGAACAGGCUGGUUCUCGUGUUCUGAUAGCGGUGAGCUUGGAAUCAACAAACUGCACCAGAACAUCGUUUGGGGCAUGAAGUCAAACUUUGUCAGUAUCCCAACCGACUGUCCCCAGCGCGAUGAGCGGCUUGGCUGGACUGGUGACAUCCAGGUCUUCUGCCCGACUGCUAGCUUUCUCUAUGAUAUAUCGGGUAUGCUUUCAGGGUGGUUGGAUGACCUAGCUAUCGAGCAGGAACAAGAGCUGGAUGGAGUUGUCGGAGAUGUUGUGCCGAUGGUGCCAGGUAUUACUGAGCUCACUGGUAAAGCUGCAUGGUCAGAUGCUGGAAUCAUGGUCCCAUGGGACCUGUACAAUGCGUUCGGUGAUCCAGGUAUUUUGAAGGCUCAACUAGAAAGCAUGAAAAUGUGGCUUGAGAAAGGUAUGGCGAGACAGGUAUCUCCAGGAGGCUCCGAAAAGGGCCUGUGGAACCCUGCGCAGUUUCAAUAUGGGGACUGGUUGGAUCCUGAUGCUCCGCCCGAUAGUGCAGGAGCUGGUAAGACCGAUCCUCAGUUCGUGGCUAAUGCCUAUUUGGUGCACGUCUCCACUUUACUGUGGAAGGUCUGCAAAACGCUUGGUUCAGAAGCUCUGGCAGACUAUAUCAAAUAUAAAGACCAAGCAGCCCGCCUGAAAGCAAUGUUCCAGGAGGAAUAUGUUACACCUAACGGUCGCCUGGUCCCAGAGACAAUGACAUCCUUGGCAUUGGCCCUACAAUUCGAUCUUCUUUCGUCUCAAGUUGAAGCAUCUAAGCCAAGCGUUAAUUCCCCGACAUACGGUAGAUCCUCUGAAGAUGCUGAUAAAAAACGCAUCGACACUGCUGCAAACAGACUAGAGGCUGUCGUCCGGGCCUCCGGCUUCAAAAUUGGCACUGGUUUCGUCGGCACACCACUAAUACUCCCUGCCCUAACAAGCGUUGGCAAAACACAGCUCGCAUACCGUAUGCUGCAAGAAGAUCAAUGCCCCAGCUGGCUCUAUCCACUCACCAUGGGUGCCACCACUCAAUGGGAACGAUGGGACUCGAUGUACCCUUCUGGCCAACUCAAUAAUGGAGCGAUGACCAGCUUCAACCAUUACGCCCUCGGCAGUGUGGCGGCCUGGCUCCAUUCCACCGUUGGCGGAAUCAGUCCCAAGGAGCCGGGCUGGAAAGUUGUGCGUAUCGAGCCCAGGCCUGGAGGGAGAAUCACAAGUGCCGACGUGAAGCAUUUGAGCCCCUAUGGCAUGGUUGAAUGUAGUUGGAGUAUCGUCGGAGAGAAAAAAAAGGAAAAGGAUGUGUUUGUGUUGAAGGUUAGCUUGCCGCCGAACUCUUCGGGCGAGGUGAAGCUGCCUGGAAGUAAUGAGGUAGUCAAGAUUGGUAGCGGGAACUGGAAUUGGGACAACCUUACGUACCACCUUUCGAACACCGCGAACAUUAAGGACGAGGAGCAAAUGGAGGUGGAGGCGGAGGUGAUGAUGGUGGAAGCAACUAUACGGAGGACUCUUACCGCAAAGACAAUUACAAAAGAGGUGGAAGAGGAGGUGGAGGAGGAGGUGGAGGAAGAGGUGAAAGAGAAGGUGGUGGAGGAGGAGGAGGUGGAGGCGGUAAUGGAAGAGACCUUGACCAAUCAGCUAGAGGAGGCUGGAGAUCAAGCCCAGCGCAGUUGA